CAAUCUCUCAAAGGGUGCAAGAGAAAGAAGAGGGACAAGCGCGUGUUUCGCACAUUUCGAUCGUCUUCGCACGAUCGAUUCUCUCGAUCGUUCCUUGCGAGGCAAAUGGACGUAGACAUGACCGAGGAAGCUGAGUUCCGUAGGGUUCCUGCCCGGCUGACGCCGAUGGAGGCAUCGUAAGUCAUCGGUGGGAGGGCUACGCCGAUCUGAGGAAUCGGUCGAUCGGUCGGUUAGGUGCCACCAGCGCUUCGGUUUCGACGGAAGUCGGGCCCCGUCCCUCGUCUGGGAGGCGCUGAAAUGGGCCCCGCCACCAGCCGCGAGCAAAUCGGCGAGCAGAUCGGCGAUGAUUACGGCCUACAGAUACAUCCGAAUCCUACGAUCGUGGCGAAUAAUGUCACGGAGAGCGAAUACUCAGUAGAAGAACAAGCGAGAUUAACAGGCACUGAUGGACCAGGUGGCGAUGAAACUUCGCCUGAGGAUGAGGGAGGUUCGCUCUGCGAGUACCACGACAUACCACCACCGCCGGAUGGCGGAUAUGGUUGGGUGGUGGUAUUCGCAUCGUUCAUGUGUAACAUGAUAGUGGAUGGCAUUGCCUACACGUUCGGCGUCUUUCUGGGAGAAUUCGUCAAGUACUUUGGGGAAGGAAAGGGCAAGACUGCCUGGGUUGGCUCGUUGUUGUCUGGAAUGUACCUCAGCGCUGGCCCCAUUGUCAGUGCUUUAACGAAUAAAUAUGGCUGUAGAGCAGUAUGUAUGGCAGGAAGUUUCUUAGGCGCCGCCGCAUUUGUACUUUCGACGUUUUCAAGCAGUGUAAAUAUGCUUAUGAUGACUUAUGGUAUUAUGGGAGGAAUUGGAUUCGGUUUGAUAUAUCUACCCGCAGUAGUUUGUGUAGGCUAUUACUUUGAAACCAAGAGAUCUCUAGCUACUGGCAUCGCUGUGUGCGGAUCGGGAUUCGGUACGUUCGCGUUCGCGCCUCUUGCAACUAUGUUGCUGGAGGCGUACAGUUGGAAAGGAGCAAACCUAAUCCUGGCUGGCCUCAUCUUAAAUUGCGCAGUAUUCGGUGCCAUGAUGAGACCUCUGGAAUAUCCGAAAGCUUCCUCUGUUAAGCCAUUGCUGCAAAGAAUGGCCGAAGAAAAGAGAUUUCAAAUGGAACGUGGUAGUAUCGGUGGCUCCUACUUUAUGGUGCAGUUACCAGACGGAUCCAUGGAAAAGAGGAUGAAAAUGCCCAUUAAUAUUGAUCCCGGUGUUCAUUCCAGCUUCAAUUUAGACCAAUUAGUGCCUGUUCCGACGGUGCCAACCCUUCCCACCAUAUCUGAAGUGAAGGUGCAAGAGCACUCAUCUAGUGGACAUACCAGUGAUAGCGGCAGUAUGGAUUUAAAAAAUAUUUCCAAUAAGUCCAAGAGUAAAAAAAGUAUCGAUGAAACCAAAGACACGAAAGACGCAGAGAAGCCCGAGAACGAGUUUAAUAAGACGAUAAUCCCCAGAAAUGCGUCACAGCCGGCUUUCACGACCCACGUUCAAGGUUUGCCUAAAAACGGCUCCGUGCCAUUCUUUGACAGAAUUCGUAAAACGAGUACCAGCGAACGCUACAAGCCUAGCCUUAGUGCAAUAAAGAAUUCUAGGACAACGCUUAAUUCUAACGGAGAUAUCAGAAAGAGCUUGCAUCUGAGACUUUCUACUAGCAGUAUGUUGGGAUCGCGAAAUAAUAAUGCUGAGGUUGAUGAUGGUGAGAGUAUUACUUUUACUACCAGUAAAGCUAGUAUCCAAAAAGAGAAACCAAUGAUUGUCCGUCCCUUAUCGAGAAAGGAUAUUUUCUACAGUGGUAGUGUAGUCAAUUUACCAGAAUACCAAAGCCAGAAAUCCCUUGCCAAUUACCGUCAGAGUGUUGUAUCUAUUCCCAAAUCUGUACGUGGUGAUUUGAAAGACAUCGAUAUCGAAAAAGCACAACAACAACCUUUAUGUCCUUGUUUGGUAUUGCCUGACUCGUUUAAGGAAGCUUUAGCGACAAUGAUGGAUAUGUCUUUAUUGAAAGAUCCUGUUUUCCUUCUAAUUGGUAUUAGCAAUGUGUUUGGUAUGGCUGGACUGUAUGUUCCUUUUGUAUAUCUGGUAGAUGCUGCGGUCUUAGAUGGAAUUGAAAGCAAUUCUGCAUCAUUUUUAUUAUCUAUUAUUGGAAUAACGAACACCAUAGGUCGUGUGGCUUGUGGAUAUGUUGCCGAUUUUCCGCAAGUCGAUUCCUUAUUACUAAACAAUAUUUGCUUAAUUAUAUCUACAAUCGCAGUAGCCGCUACACCAUUUUGUCAUAGUUAUGCCGCUUACAUCAUCAUGAGCAUAUUUUUUGGGAUAGCAAUAUCUGGAUAUAUCUCAUUAACAUCGAUCAUCUUGGUGGAUCUCUUGGGAUUAGACAAGUUAACGAACGCUUUCGGCCUUUUAAUUCUAUUCAGAGGGGCUGCCGCUAUAAUUGGCUCACCCUUAGCGGGCGCUGUUUAUGAUGCAACGCAGAGUUACAGUAUCCCGUUCUUCAUGGCAGGGUUCUUCUUCCUUAUGAGCACUAUUACUAGUUUCAUGGCCCCUGCUAUGAAACGGUGUACUACACCGCAGACUCAACCUGUGAUAUUAGAUACAUUGACUCCAAUCGACGAAGAUAUUGAAGAAGAGAAUGAGGAAGAUAUACCGGAGAUAGUAGAAACUGCGCCGUCACCCUUAGAGCCACCCGAGAAAGAGAUCAAGCAAAUAGAAUCUGUUUUAUAAAUACUUCUGAUCUUUUUUAAAUGGAUUAUAAAAAUCGCCUUCACUCCGAGCCACACUGUGAUAGGGCUGCUACUUUUGAAGUCUUAAAAAAAAGGUACUUCUUUGUUACACACUUAAUCGAUAAAGCACAAAUUAGUGGCAUACAUACCUGAUGGAAUUUUUUAUCGUACUUACAGUUAGACUUGUAUGUACUAUUGAAUGUUUGUCAUAUUAUUUUUGUUUUUUUAUCGGAGCGAAUAAAUGCGAUAUAUGCGUGAAAAUGCCAUCAGGUACAGAUAAUUACUUAGUUGCCUAUAUGUAAUAGUGAAUAAUAGAUAGAAUGUUUUAUUAACCUAAUCAGUAUCGAUCAAGCAGUAUAUAUGUGUGUGUGUGUGUGUGUGAGUGUGCGUGUGUGUGUGUGUGUG